AUGAGCGGAUCACCAGAAGUUAGCAGCAGAGUGCUGCUGCUCCCCAGAAGCGAAGUGCGACUCCAACGAGCGAUUCUUCUCGGCUUCCUGGAGGGCAUGGGGGAUGAGAGAAGGCACCGGCGCGAAACGAGCCGAGAUACAUCGCCUCGGCAUCGAUCGCGCUCGGGGGAUGAUGAGAGAGGGCACCGACGCGAGACGAGCCGAGACACGUCGCCUCGGCAUUCGAGAGACGGGAACGGAUCGAGGUCGCAGAGACGGGACGGAUCACCGUACAGGGGUCGCAGGUUUCCGAGUUCUCCGCGUCACCGCGGGAGGCAUCGGUCGAGGUCCCGCUCGAGGGAUCGGAAGAGUGGCUCAGAAUCGGAUGAUCUUGGUGGCUACGUUCCGCGGAUUCGUCGUCCGAGCAAACACGGAAUAACGCAACCGAGCAGCGCACCAGGUGCCUCUGAUGCCGCCCUAAACCUGGUGGACCCCGCCGAACGUCAGCGACAGGCGCAGCAGUGGAUUCUUCAACAACAAGCCGGAAGCCUCGCCAGGGUGCAAGAAGCGAGCACCGUCGCCCUCGGGGGUCCCAGAAAAAAUAGGGAGAUCUUCGUGGGCAACAUUGAUGCCGUCGUCACAAAGCAGGCUUUAACUGCAUUAUUCGAUGACGCGCUCGCGGUCGCUUUUCCAAACGCGACUAGUGGUGACGCGAAACCAGUCGUGAAUAUCCAGCUCGGCGAUCAGGCAACAUAUGGGUUUGUCGAGCUUUUGUCCGAAGAAUUGGCGACCGCCGCCAUAGCGGGGCUUAACGGCUUGGUUUUCUGCGGUCGACCGUUAACAAUCGCCCGCCCAACCGGUUGGGUCGAUCCCGCCGCGGCUGCGACGAUCACGGCUCGUGCGGCGGCGGAAAGAGGAGAAGAGCAUUCAACAAUAGUCUGUCUGUCAAAUAUAGUAACGGAGUCAGACUUAGCCGAUGAGGAGGCAUACGCUGAACUCCUCGCCGACGUGAGGACGGAAUGCGCAAAGUGCGGGGAGGUCAAAGAUAUUCGCAUACCUCGCGGUGGUCCUGUUGGUUCCGUAUUCGUGAAGAUGGGAGACGAGAGUGGCGCGAACAAGGUUCAAACUGAAAUGGCCGGCCGUCGGUUCGAUGGACGUGCGGUUGUUGUUUCGCGUGUUUCCAGUUCUGCGUUUGAUAGUAUCUAG